UCUUUGAAUCCGGAUCGUUUUACAUUUACGGUUUAAUAUUUAAAAAUUACUUCAAAAACUUCAAAAAUCAUGAUUCGUUCUAACUUUCGUCGAUUAACUUCUUUGGUUACGAAUUAUUGUGCUUUGAAUCAAAUAAAAAACUCGGCACUACGUUCUCCGUUGAAAAUUGCUAUCCGUACGACACCAACAACCGACCAAAUUCGUUUUUAUGCGUCAUUGCCAUCUGUACAAAACCACAACCACGAGAAACAAUCCGAUAAUGAACUUGCAGGCAAAAUGCAAAUAAGUUUUACUUGCACUGUGUGCAACACGAGGAACACCCGAAGGUUUUCAAAACUUUCAUAUGAAAAAGGAAUUGUUAUCGUGGAAUGCGAUGGGUGCAGAAACAACCAUUUGAUAGCUGAUAACUUGGGAUGGUUUCCAGAUACAGGAUAUAAAAACAUUGAAGAAAUACUAUCUUCUAAAGGCGAAAAGGUCAAACGAAUAAAUGGAUGUUGGGAAUUAAGGUCAAAAUGAUGAGAAAAUAUAUUAAAAUAAAACUAACUUGUAAAUAAUUAACAUAUUAUUAAAUCUUAUACUCAAAUGUAAACAUUUG